UGCGAUCGUCGUGUUCUACGCUUGCACAUUGCUGCACAUCUGAGCAUUUUUGCGAACUCCCUUUUGUUGGUUGAGUUCUCUUAUUUUAGAUUUGACUGGUAGCUAACUAAUGGCUAGUGCCCAUCCGCAUCCGGUUGUACCUGUUGCUGACCUUGACUGUUCGACGUCAUCAAAAUAUAGCGAAGCCGAAAUAGUUGUCAGAAACAAGCUUGCGUCUUUGUAUCGCUUGAUUGAUUUGAACGGGUGGUCUGAUGGAAUAUAUGGACACACCAGUGCACGUGUUCCAUCCACAGACAAUGAGUUUGUAAUUAACCCGUUUGGCUUCUUGCCUCAUGAAAUAACUGCUUCGAGUCUUGUAAAAGUAGACAUUGAUGGAGAAAUCAUCGACAAUGGUUUGACACGUCUCGGCAUCAACAAGGCAGGCUACACCCUUCACUCAGCUAUUUAUAGCAGCAGACACGAUAUCCACUGUAUCAUACACGUUCAUACAAGAGCCGGUGCUGCCGUUAGUUGUAUGAAGUGUGGGCUUUUGCCAAUAACACAAGAUGCUCUUUUGUUGGGUGAAAUAGCCUAUCACAAAUACGGGGGCAUUGUAGUUGCACAGAAUGAAAAGGAAGAGUUGGCUCAAGAUUUAGGAGAGCAAAGCAAAAUCCUGAUGCUUCAGAAUCAUGGAUUGGUUGCUCUUGGCAGUACUAUUGACGAAGCCUUUAGCCGGUUGCGAUUGUUGGUGAAUGCAUGUGAAUUCCAGGUGGAUGCUUUGGCUGCAGGCUUGGAGAACAUAGUUAUGCCUGGUGUGGAUAGCGAAACUACUGUUGCUGCUGCUAAAGUGGGUAGCAAUGACUUUAACUGGGGACGUGGUGAACUUGAGUGGGAGGCUGAAAUGAGAAAACUUGAUUUGCAGGGAUACAAAACGGGGCAAAUUUACAAAACAGCGUCAUUUAUCAGUACGCCGUCAGCUGUAGCAGAAUCGAGAAAAGUAUAGUUGUCGUUGGACAUCGAUAAUACGCUGCCAACUAGACGGUAUGGUAUACGGGACUUGCGAUACUGAUUACGGGACUUCGUCACAUACGGGACUUGGAUCGAUAAAACCUUAGUCUUUUGAAACCACUGAAAGUAGGUAAGCUGUGUAGUGUACUGACAAAACGUCAACGACAGUGUUUGUACAAAGCGUUUGUUUCAAACUUUGUGUAUGAGUCUAGGGAGUUGUUGCUAGAAGUGUAUGCGUAGCGUAUCAGUACACGUUAUUACGGAAAACGGUGAAAACUGGUCAUCUACUAAGCUACUGCUAUAGUACAUUUCUAUUUCUACUGAAAAAUAAUUCACUAGCGCGCGUUACUGCUAGCAAGUUGGCAGCGAGGCUUGAAGCAGACUUGUUUGUUUUACUAUGAUAUUUACUAGUGUACGUUUGAAUAUAACUGGGAUAUAUUACGUUUAGGAAUAUUUUUGUCUGCAGAGAGAUUUUAUGAAUUGCAUUAUUUGUAUAUUGAUAUGAGCAUCUGGUAUUUGUCAUACAACACAACAGGAAGGGACUCAUAAUAUGAUACAGUAUUAUGCUAGUUAUUGUUAAUCUCACUAAAGAACAAAUUCAAACGUACGACUAUAUCAAACAACACCGAAUGUACUGAAACUUGGUUUAUGUGUACUUGAGGUAGUUAUUUAAUUAAUAUUAAUUGAUUCUUAAAACAAACUUAAGAAAAACUGAUUGUCUAAUCACGACUUUUGCAGACAUUCCAAUUUACAACAUUGUUUCAGUAUGGUUCAAGCACAUUAUAGAAUUCUAAAUUAUUGAUUCACGGCUGCAUGCACUACGAACAGCUCAACAACUACAGAUAGUCUAGUGAGUUUACAACUGUAUUCAUCAUAUUAGAUGAACUGAUGGAGCUUGUGGCUAUGCUUAUCAAGGUUGAUUGUUGAAACUCUUAGCUAUACAUUCGCAACAAAGACUAUUAAUAGAUUAAUAAUAAUUGAUACUAAUAAUAGUUAAUGGGCAAUCAGACUGUUGUGUAGACUGUAGGUAGCUGUGAUGACAAAAACUGAUAGGAGGCACUAAUUUGUUAAUUAAAGAACGCUAUACAAUUUACAUGUUUACAAAUGAAAUUGAUGAGCUUUCUCAUACUGUGGCAGCAAUAUAGGUCAGAAGUAUUUGUAGUCAUUAUUAAUUAUUGCUUCUGUGGUACAAAUGGAUGUGGACAUGUGAAAACUUGAUGGUAAGGUUGAGUCUCACAACAGGUUGUGUCAAUAUUGCUAUUGUAUUGACAAGCUACUUACACACAGUCAGUUGAGUAACAUAUUUAUCAAAUGUUCAAUCUCCAAUUUGUCUCAAUCGCUAAAAACAAACUUUCUAACUUGUUGUCAAUCUAUAAAGAGUCUGCGACUAGAAGCAGGUGAUGCACUCACAUGAUAGCGGUUCCUGCACGUGAAGAAUAAAUGUGUCGUUGGGACAGUGGAUGUACUUCCUCACAGAUACUGUGUGAUGUUUUGGAGCUUUUGUCUUGCUGUGGCAUUGACCUGAGCAUUCACUUAGAGGCACUUGAACUGAACAGUUACCAUGGCGAAACAUCUGGAAUUUAGAUGAAAGAUUGCAUGGUGUUCUUGUGGAAGACUUCUGAUGUCGAGUAGGAGCAUUUGGUGAAUCAGUAGAAGCUGGACAUGGAUUGGCCAUGAUUCCCACACAGAGAACUGAGACUAGAACAGCCAAAAUCAUUCUUGCCUUCAUCUGCUGUAUACUCUUUGAGAGUGAUUGUGUGCUGGUGGAUUCGAUGAACACUGGCAGCGGUCAGAGAAACUUGAGCUUAUGAGUAUUGUCCAGGGAAUGUAUGAUUCCACUGUAGUUAUACCAGGAACUGAUAAAAAAAGCCAAGAUAACCUAUACAUAAGCCAAGAUUACAGAUUGAAUAUCACACCAUACGUUUAACGCCAGAAAUAGGUGUGCAAAUGGGAUCAACUGGGAGUAGUUCAAUAACAGGAGCAGUAUACACAAGAUCCAUAUGUGUACCAUAUUGGUGUACAUAUCCGCCAGAAUAGAUGGCAAUGACGUUUGAAGAUAUUGUCAACCACAGGUUCUGUUGUCCAUUUGAUAAGCAGGAUGGUCUUUGCUUAUCUGCCGUUU